GGUGGAUGGAGGUUUCAUUUUGUUGUUGUCGAAAGUCAAAACACACAAGUUAAAGUUCGGCUGUUCGUUAUGUCAAAAGUGGUCAAAAAUCACUUGGGGCAUGGAUGCGGACCCUCUGAGCGUGAUUCUUGUGAAACGUGACAGCAAGGGUGACCGGCUCCUUUUCAGGUACCCGUGCGAGAAAGUCAAAGGCCACGAAAACGGGCAGCAGUCUAGAAGGAAGAACCCCUAUGCCCUGACUAUCACUGAGGACAUCCAUGGGCCGCCUCCUCAGAACAAUGAGAACGGCUGUCUGGGCAAUUUCCCCGACGAAGUGCUUUCGAACCUUUUCGCCGUCAAGCAGGAGCUCUGCGAGGCCAAGUUCGAGCUGAAGGUGAACAACGUCAGAUUUGUCGGCCAUCCGACACUCGUCCAACCAUGCUCCAGGAGGGGCAAACCGCCCAACAGGCCGAUCAUACUCAUAAACGUCGUUUUCGCACUUCAGGCCGCUGCCAACCAUUCUAUUGUCAAGUGCUACUACGAGCUGAGCAAGCGCCUCGGAGCAGCGCUCCGCCAUGAAGAAAGGCGCUGUGGUUAUGUCAACAGCGAAAUAAAAUCUAUGAUAUCUGCUCAUGACGAUAGACCGGAGGACUUGGGCGAUGAUGAAGAUUACUCGCCUUUUGAAAUCAUCCUUGAGCGUUGCUCACUUGCAAAAGAUUUAAUGACUAUUUACAAUGAUCUUUGUAAUUCUGGCUUGGUGCAGAUUAGGGUGAAUAGGUGGAUCGCUCUCAGCUUCUGCCUGCCACAAAAAGUUCAUCAGCUUCACAACAAAGCCCUUUCUGUUGAUCCUGAAGCAAUAGACAAAUGUCUGCAGAGUGUAAGGCCGUACCAUGGCUUGUUGCUGCUCGUUGAUGCGACACAGUUGUUGGACAGCCUUGUACCUGAUGCCUCGCCUGCCCUUAUACGGCUUAUUAAAAUCUACACGCCGCUUAAAUCUUUACAGAUACUUUCUGCUGAUGCAGACUUAACACUGGCUCAAGUGUUCAAUUUAGCCGGACACCUCGUGUAUUGGGGCAAAGCCAUUAUUAUUUACCCUCUUUGUGAAAGCAAUGUCUACAUGACUGCACCGAAUGCACCAGUCCACGCAUCUUCCCCACUCGUGGAAAAGUUUUCUGAACAAUUCCCUGCUCAGUCCUUAAUUCAGUUGUACUAUUUUUUAGGUGAUGUCUGAAUUUUCAUUGCCUAUAUCAAUACGCCAAAGAAUGUCACCAUUGGUAGGAAGUAAUCA